CAAAAAGCCCUCUCUCUUUUUUCGUCCCUCUCCCUCUCUCACCCCAUCCCUCCCCAAAACCCUAACCCUAAUUUCCUUCCCCACAUCCAACAAUGUCGUCUUCCUACGACUACGACGAUCCAAAUCCUCCAUCAGCGGGCCCCACCUCUGCAUCCUACGAUGAUCUGGGCUACGACCCCAACUUCGUCCCGGACUCGGUCAAGACCUUCGUGGUCCACCUCUACCGCCACAUUCGCGAGAAGAACGUCUACGAGAUCCACCAGAUGUACGAGGGAAGUUUCCAGAAACUCAGCGACCGGAUGUUCAAGGAGAGCCCCUGGCCGUCCGUCGAGGCCGUGGCCCCCUACGUGGACAACGAUCACGUUUUCUGCCUCCUUUAUCGGGAGAUGUGGUUCCGACAUCUGUACGCGCGGUUGGCCCCCACGCUCAAGCAACGGAUAGAUUCCUACGACAAUUACUGCAGUUUGUUCCAGGUCGUGCUCCAUGGCGUGGUGAACAUGCAGCUCCCGAACCAGUGGCUGUGGGACAUGGUCGAUGAGUUCGUUUACCAGUUCCAGUCCUUCUGCCAGUACCGGGCCAAGAUGAAGAACAAGACCGAGCAGGAGAUUGCACUUCUUCGCCAGUACGAUCAGGCAUGGAAUGUGUAUGGUGUGCUCAAUUACCUGCAAGCCCUAGUGGAGAAAUCCAUGAUAAUCCAGAUCUUGGAACAGGAGAAAGAAGGCCUUGAACAGUUCACUGCUACUGAUGGGUACGAUUACAAUGGUGGUAGCAAUGUUCUAAAAGUGUUGGGCUAUUUCAGCAUGGUGGGAUUGCUGCGGGUUCACUGCCUGUUGGGUGAUUACCAUACCGGUCUGAAGUGUUUGAUUCCAAUUGACAUCAGUCAAUCUGGUGUAUACACCAGUGUAAUUGGAAGCCAUAUUACUACCAUAUAUCACUAUGGGUUUGCGAACCUUAUGUUGCGGAGGUAUGUAGAGGCAAUAAGGGAAUUUAAUAAGGUUCUGUUGUAUAUCUUGAAGACCAAGCAAUAUCAUCAGAAAUCCCCGCAAUUUGAUCAAAUUUUGAAGAAAAAUGAACAGAUGUAUGCAUUGUUGGCAAUUUGUCUCUCUCUAUGUCCCCAAGUGAAACUCGUUGAAGAGAACGUAAACAAUCAGUUGAGGGAGAAGUAUGGAGAGAAGAUGGGGAGGAUGCAGAGAUACGAUGACGAGUCUUAUGCUCUAUAUGAUGAGCUUUUCUCAUAUGCCUGCCCCAAAUUCAUUACCCCAUCAGCUCCAAUUUAUGAGGAGCCUCUUGUAAAUUACAAUCAGGAUGCUUAUAGACUUCAGUUGAAGCUGUUUCUUUAUGAAGUGAAGCAACAACAAUUGUUAGCAAGUGUUCGUAGUUUCUUGAAAUUAUAUUCAACCAUCUCAAUUGGAAAGCUUGCAACCUAUAUGGAAGUGGAUGAACCCACUUUAAGGACGAUCUUAAUGACUUACAAGCAUAAAACCCAUACUGUUGACAAUGAUGGAAAGAUAAUCUCGAAUGCGGAUAUUGAUUUCUAUGUUAAUGAGGAUGUUGUACAUGUCGUCGAAUCCAAAUCAACAAAGCGAUAUGGCGAUUAUUUCAUGAGGCAGAUCCUUAAGUUUGAAGAGAUAAUCAGCGAGAUGGACAGAGUGAGAUUGGAGUGAGUCUUCGCAUCUCUGUGAGACCACAGCCCUUCCCUUCUUUUCUUUGCCUAUCCUUUCUGCAUCAGGUUCUCCAUUACUAUUCUAAUUUGCUUUUGAUUUUUGUGGAGGUAGAUAUUUAUUUUUGCCAAUGCUCAGAUCAUCUGUAUGUGAUAAGGAAUAGUUGAUUUUGUUUAGGAGAGAUUCCAAUUUUCAUGCACUCUGGUGAUCUCACUAUUUAGUUUUUUUUGGCAAUGGAGACCAGUUGAUCCUCA